CGUGCGCGCUUACACGCAGUGUUGGCUGUGAUAAUACAUGACUGUGUAAAACACAACGUACUAACAACGAUAGUACUCUGAGCGGUUAGAUUCGAUGACCUGGGAGCAGAGGACAGGCACUCGCAAACUACUAAAAUUCAACAUCUAUCUCGAUCUAUUAUGAAUAUAUUCCUGGAAACAAUCCAGGUCCUCCUGCUGUCAUUGUGGUACAAUGUGGAAUCCUUCAUCCAUCUCUUUGUGCCCCGGAAGAGAAAGAACAUAGCUGGUGAGGUGGUGCUUCUUACGGGGGCAGGUAGCGGGAUUGGUCGCCUCAUGGCUCAGGAGUUUGCGGCUCUUGGCACUGUGCUGGUUUUGUGGGACAUUAACCAUGAUGGGAUGAAGGAAACUGCAAGACUGGCUAAGGAGAGUGGAGCCAGCAGAGUACACUACUACCUGUGUGACUGUAGUGACAGGAACGAAGUUUACAGAGUGGCUGACCAGGUAAAGCGAGAAGUGGGUGAUGUCAGCAUUCUGGUGAAUAACGCUGGCAUCGUGACAGGAAAGAAGUUCAUGGAUGCUCCAGAUUCCCUGAUUGAGAAGACAGUGGAGGUCAACACAAUGGCUCACUUCUGGACAUACAAGGCCUUCCUUCCUGCUAUGAUUGCCAACAAUCACGGACAUCUUGUCAGCAUUGCCAGUUCUGCUGGGCUCAUAGGCAUCAACGGAUUGGCAGACUAUUGUGCCAGUAAGUUUGCAGCAGUAGGUUUUGCAGAGUCCGUGGGUCUGGAGCUACUGGCGACUGGGAAGGAUGGCAUCAAGACCACCAUUGUUUGUCCAUACUUCAUCAACACUGGGAUGUUUGAUGGAUGUCAAACCAAGUGGCCAACCCUGCUACCCAUCUUGAAUCCAGACUAUGUGGUGCAGAAGAUCAUCCAUGCUGUGCUCACAGACCAAGCGUACCUGCUGCUGCCCAAGACUAUGUACCUCAUCGCUGCUCUCAAGAACAUCCUGCCUGUGAAGCAAGGCAUUAUGCUGGGCCAGUACCUGGGAGCCUUCAACCUCAUGGAAAAUUUCAGGGGACGCAGCAAAAAACUUGAGUAAGGUAGCAGAAUAGGAAGUGAAGAAUGACAUGGUGGUAUUAAAGCCAUCCAUUUCAACCCCCCUUUUAAUCCUAAUCUUCCUAGCGUGUUGUUGAAAUUAUACAGCCCAGGACAAAACAGUAGAGUGCAACAAAUAAAUACAAAUAUUGAUGUUCUAUUGGUUUCUCUAUAUCUUAGACUGUCUAAUCCAUCUUUUAACCCUAAACAUAUUAUUUGUGCUAAUUUUAAACUACAUUAUCGUGAGUGAUUUUUAAACAUGAUUUUAUAGAAAAUUCAAACAAAAUAUGCUUACAAAGAUUACCAGGACUCUUCCUGAUCGAUUAUGGAAAUUGAAUGUGUAUUCAAGUGUUCUUGACUGCUACUACCUGUUAAAGUACCAAUAUGGAUUGAUCACUAUACCUUUAAUACGACAGCCAAUAUCUCAAUGUUACAUUAACAAUUUUAGGGGUCCACAAUAAUGACGUAUGUGGGGUUUUAAUUUUGCUCAGUGUCAUUUCACAUCUCACAAGUAAAGUGCCUUGACCAAGCGCAGAACCUCAGGUACAGUGAAGCGAACUGAGGUUCUUAGGUCAGUGGUAGCUUACUUUGUUAGUCCAGACCACUCACAGCUCUUUGCAGUAAGCAGGCUCCUACUUACUAAUGAUUUCCACCUUUUAUUUUUUGCAAACAGCAAAUUUCCUGACUGUUCACAGGUUAACUAGAACUGCACUAGAUAGUAGCAUACUAGCCUGUGAGAGAUUGCAAGUAGGUGACUGGGGACCCCUUGUUUUCUUAUUGUUUCCAUAUAUCCAUGCAUUGGUGACAUUUUCCACCCAAGCAGAGCACAUACUCUGGUUUACGUUUCUAUUAACUUGGACUUUGCUUAGUGUGAACACCUCUGAUCUUAGCCAAGCUCAUGUCAUCUGCAAACUGAAUUUCCAGAACAUUUUGAGGCACAAAGACAAAGUUGUCCCAAACUGUGACAAUAGUCAGAUAAAUUAGCGCUAAAUUAGAGGCGGUUAAAUGGAAGCAAUAUGCAUCCGUAGUCUCCUAGUGUGCAAAGCAAACUUCAGCUUUAUCCAUUAACGUUUCAUUUCCUACUGUGUUAUUCCUGUCAUCAAGCUAAUUUUAAUUUGAAAAGCUACAGAAGGGUCUACUUUAUGGUUUACUUGCAACAUGAACAGCUGUGCUUUAACAUUACAAUUAUGUCUGCUAUUAGUCUUGUGUCUUGAUGUAGGCAAAACUGUGUCAGAAGAAUCACAGGGAGCAUUUACAUGCACUAACAUUGUUUGUAAAAUAUUAUAUUAUAAGAUAAUAAUAGAUAAUAGACAUAUCUGAAUGCAUAUCUAUCAGGGAUCAUCUAAACUUGACAACGAAUUAUAUCAUUUGAGUGUAUGUAAUUUGCAUUUGACAUCUCAUCUUGAACAUGUAUUCUGUUAAAGCUAAAAAAAAUGUAUAUAUCCAUAUGGAAUAGUGUCCAGCGUACACCAGUUGAUUGAUCAUGUAUACCAUUAAGGAAAUCAGUUAUAGGAAUGUAGGGAGUGUUGUUAAGUAUGUAUCAAACAGUACAUUUUCAGGGUCAGUUUCAUUGUUUGAAAGUGGGCUACCUGCAACACCUACUUAGAAAAUCCUGAUGAUUAAAUUUCAUUUCAAAUGUAAAA